AUGCUGUUUGAACAGAUAGACCAGCUCGUGACUGUAAAUGGUGAAGAGUAUUACACAAAUGAAAUGCUUCAGGCAGCUGAGAGAGCAAUAGAGGAAGAAAAAGAAAGACUUAUGCUGCAACUAAAAAUGAGAGUGAAGGAGCACCUUCGACUGGUUCUGGUCGGCCUUCAGGGAGUUGGGAAGAGUGCAGCAGGAAACAUCAUUCUGGGCCGAGAAGAGUUUCUCUCAGACCUCAGCGCCACUUCUCUCACAUCCACAAUGCCAGAGCAGCAGAAUCCAUGUGAAGAGCUCAGGAUUGUUCUCUUGGGAAAAACUGGAGUUGGAAAAAGUGCCACUGGAAACACUAUUCCUGGUGAAAAUGUUUUUAAAGUGAAUUUGUCAUCAUCGUCUGUGACAAAGGUUUGCUGUAAAGCUACAAAGAAUGUGAACAGUACAAAGGUUGCUGUUAUUGACACACCAGGACUGUUUGACCCCAGCUUUACUAUAGAGGAGAUGGUCAGCAGAAUUAAGCUGUGUAUUCCCCUUUCUGCUCCUGGUCCACACGUCUUCUUACUGGUGCUUCAGCCUGGUCGCUUCACAAAAGAGGACAGAGACACCGUGGACAUCUUUCUCAAGAUCUUUGGAGAAGAUGCAAGUAAGCACGCCAUGAUUUUAUUUACACAUGGAGAAAAGUUUGAGGGUAGAAAUGUUCAAGAGUUUGCCGCUGGCAAUCCUGAAUUAAAGACACUCUUUGAGAAAUGUCAGCGAUAUCAUGUUUUUAAUAAUGAGAACAAAGAUACCAUGCAGGUUGAGCAACUUUUUGAAAAAAUGCACAAGAUGAUUUCUGAGAAUAGAGGGCACUUUUAUACCAAUGAAAUGCUUGAGAAGGCAGAGAUCACAAUUCAAGAGGAAAAACAGCGAAUCUUAAUGGAAAAUGAAGAGCAGAGAAGCAAAGAACUGGAGGAUCUGAAAAUCAAAUAUGAAGCAGAGGCUCUGAAUCAGGCCAUAACAGAGCUGUGGGAAAGAAAAGAGAGGGAGGCAAGAGAGAAAGUGGAGAGAAACAACACAUUUCUCAAAAUAAUCACAGACUUUCUGUUUACUACUCUUGAAAACUUGGACAAAACCAAUAAAAAUUUCGUUUACUUUGAUCUCAUUAGCAUGAAAACACUUGCUGCUGCUUCAGCCGUCAUAUGGUAG